ACCGAGGCUGGGACGGCACAAGAGUCCCCGUGGUCCGGACGUGGCGACUCGGCCUGUUAGGGCUGUGAUGCCCAGGCUGACAGCCGCGAGGGAGAACCAGUCCGACGCUCACCCUGUGGGGUUAGACAGGUUUAAACUAGCCAGAGCGGGGGUGAGGAUGGCAGGUGGGAUCAUUCAGCGUCGGGUACCCGCGCAGCGUAUCUACUGCCCCGCGCUACAAAACAUUUUAAACGAGGAAGCAUAUGCACCGAGCAGCGAAAGUUUGGAAUGCAUCCGCUUGCCAAUGUGGAAUCUGCCCUCGCAAACGCUGUGACGCCACGGAGUUUACAAAGGACAAUAGUUGGGGCUGGAGAGAGAGCUCUGUGGUUAUGAGCGCUUGCUGCUCUUACAGAGGACUGGAGUUCAGUCCCAGCAAGCAUAUGAGAUAGCUCACAAUGAGGGGACCCCGUGACCUCUGGCCCCUGGCCUCCGUUGGCACCUGCGUGCCCCCACCCCCUGCAGUUGCCGAUUAUGCACAUAAACACGUGUCUCCAAGCAAGGCAUCCGUGAACAAAUUUGGGACUAUAUGGAAUCACAUGAUUUAGCUGACUUUCCCAGACCUGUUCAUCACAGGAUUCCCAACUUUAAGGGUGCUUCUCAUGCUGCAGAACAUUUCCCACACCUGCAUGCUUUCAGUGUGGCGAGAACCAUUAAAGUCAAUCCUGAUGCUCCUCAGAGAAAUGCCCGCUUCCUCGUGCUGGAGAGCAAAAAGACCCUGCUGGUCCCAACACCACGGCUGAGGACAGGGCUGUUUAAUAAAAUCACACCACCUCCUGGAGCCACUAAAGACAUACUGAGGAAAUGUGCCACCUCCCAGGGUGUGCGGAACUUCAGUGUCCCUGUGAGCUUGGAUUCCAGUGUCCUCGUGGAUUUAAUUGUGGUGGGAUCUGUUGCUGUGUCCGAGAAAGGCUGGCGAAUUGGGAAGGGAGAAGGCUAUGCCGAUCUUGAAUAUGCCAUGAUGGUGUCGAUGGGAGCUGUCCACGAAGGGACCCCGGUCGUCACCAUUGUCCAUGACUGCCAGGUCGUUGACAUCCCUGAGGCUCUUCUGGAGGACCACGAUCUCACCGUCGACUACAUCAUCACUCCCACCAGGGUCAUUGCUACAGGCUGUGCACGCCCAAAGCCAACAGGGAUCAUCUGGUCCAAGGUCAGUUGUGAGAUGCUUACGAAAAUCCCAGUACUCAGGAGCCUCCGUGAGCGAGAGAAGCGGGCCGGGAAGGAUGUCGCUCUUCAAGCUGAGCCUGACAGCCAGUGCCCAGCUCCAGGCACUAUCAGGAGACCCCAGGAUAUACCACAGUCACGAGCAGGUGCCCUAGGAAGGUCCCAUAGCCCCCUGCAGGGGGUGGACACCCAACUGGCUGCCACUGUGCGUGUGGAAAACCUGCCCUCCAGUGCUCGUGUACGUGAGCUGAAGAGAGCACUCCAGGAGCUGGGGGCAGUGCCCCUGAGGCUCACCUGGCAGGGGCCACAGCAUAGGGCCAUUCUACACUAUGCAGACUCAGCUGCUGCCCGGCAGGCUGCCUCCCGCCUCCAGGGCCUACAUCUAGGUGCCAACACCUUGAGGGUGGCACUGGGGCAGCAGAGGGAUACGUGACCUGGUGAGCAGCCCUCAGCAGAAGAGCCAUGCCCUCUCUGUUGUGGGAUGUCCCUGGCAUGUGACAGUUUGCCAUUGAUGGUAGCCUGCUGCUCUGUGAGGCCUAUGCCGUCUUCCUGGGAAGAGCCAAACUUUCCUGAUGGGUGGGGAUGUGUAGCAAGCAACACGUCACAACUCUCAGAAUUCUGCGAGCUCUUACUCAUUCUGACCCAUUCCAGUUCCGGUUGUGAAGUCCUUGUGAUGCUCUCUGGGUGCAGAAGGGUUAGGGACUGAGCAGCAGGGGCAAGGGGUAGAGAAUGGAGACCUGAUUUAGGAUAGGAGAGAAAGUAACAGAGGCCCGCAGAGAAGAGGCCAGGGCAGGGAUCGAGGGCAGGCAGCAGAGCCAGAAGGCUGUCCUUGUGAUCAUUGCAGACCCCCAGUCCAGCAGAACAGGAGAGGGGGCACAGAAACACCACAGUGUGCACGUGUGUGAUCAUGUCUACCCAGGCUGCACAGCACUGUCCCUAGGUGAGGAUGGGGAGGAGGGGGGGAGCACUUGUGCUGUGGACCCUACGCAGAAGUCAAAAUAAGCAUUUACAUAGAGAGUUUGAUUCAUUCAAA